AUUUGUAGAUGUGUCAACGUGACAGACCGCCCGUACAAAAAAUUGUGCAAUCUCAGGAAAAGUUCAAGGUAGACACCAGGUACAGGCAUUUGAUCAUUCGGACUCUGCAGUGUGUGUGAUUUAACUUGUAGCAAGCAGAGCAUAAGACAAAAUGGGAGAGUGGGGAUUCCUGUCGUCAUUGCUGGAAAAGGUCCAGAACCACUCCACGGUCAUCGGGAAGGUGUGGAUGACUGUUCUCUUCAUUUUCCGGAUCAUGGUGCUGGGGGCGGGAAUUGAUAAAGUAUGGAGUGACGAGCAGUCCAAGAUGGUCUGUAACACCAAACAGCCGGGUUGCACAAACGUUUGCUACGACAAGGCCUUCCCCAUCUCCCACGUUCGCCUGUGGGUGAUGCAAAUCAUCUUCGUCUCCACGCCGACCCUGAUAUACCUGGGCCACGUCAUCCACGUCACGCAGAAGGAGACAAAGCUCAGGGAGAAACUGCAGAACAAUGCAGAGAGGCAAGGGCUGAAGAUGCCCAAGUACACGGACGGCAAGGGCAAGGUCUACAUCAAGGGCAGCCUCCUGGGCAGCUACAUGACCAGCCUGGUGUUCAAGAUGAUCCUGGAGGUUGCGUUCAUCGUGGGCCAGCACUACCUCUACGGCUUUGUGUUCGAGCCCAAGAUAGUGUGUGAGGCCGACCCGUGCCCCUUCAAGGUGGAGUGCUUCAUGUCGCGGCCCACAGAGAAGACCAUCUUCAUCAUCUUCAUGCUGGUGGUAUCCUGUGUUUCCCUGCUGCUGACCGUGGUGGAGAUCUUCUACCUGAUGUGCAGGAAAAACAAUAAAGGCCCCAGCUACAGUGGAGGACACCAGAUGAUGACCAUAUCGGAUUACAGUGCAGGGAAAAUUUGAGUGGUCAAACAAAAAAACACAGACAGACUAGUUACACUAGUCACAUAUAGAGAGGACAGUGAUGUAUGCUUAUUUAUUCAGGGCGUGAUGGAGCAGCAGCCAAGUCACCGACGGACAAUCGUUUGAUCCGGGUUCGAUCCCCGCCGUUGUGAAUUCAUGUCACUUUGGAUAAAAGCUUCUGAUAAAUAUCAGUCAAAUUUCACUUUAAAGGAAAAAUCAGGCGAAUUUUCACGCAGAUCUCUGUUUCAAAGUACGGUUGGGGAAAAAUGUAAACAAUCAAUUUCACAAUCGAGUUGCUACAGCCAACAGUUAAUACAGUCAGGCAGCUACAGCGCUAUGCUGUAGCUGGCUGCAUUAACUGCUGCUAACUUUAUUCACCAAACCAGGUAUCUAUAAGAUGAUUGUGUAGGAGUAAGCAAUGGAUGGAAUGAACAAAUCAUAGUUAGAUGUGUAUAUUUUAGAAUGAAGAACAUUGGUCUAUUUAUAUGCUGUUUUUUUUUUUUUUUACGUGUAUCAGUGGAGAUGGUCUGUUUUCCUUGCCAUAAAAAUGUAUGGACAUACAGUAUUGCAAGUGCUGAAAUGAUGGACUUGUUAAUUUGAUGUUGAAAUGAGAUGCAUUACUUUACAUGAGAUUAUACACUGUUUAAGAUGAGAUUGUAUGUGAAGGACAAAAGGAACAGACUUACAGUAGUUCCUUCUGAAGGAAUAAGAAAAAUUACACCAUGUUAACACCGAUUUCCUGUCACUCUGUCCCAGUAUGUUGUCAUUGAUAUGCAACUUGUUUCAUGAACACAAUUAAAUGUAUGCAAAAUGUAACAUUUGCAGCAAUUCAAAUGUUUAACAAUGCUGACAGAACAUUGCGAUGAAAAUACAUAUAGUUUUUGUUUUUAUAUUUAUUGUUGUUUGUCAUUUCACAUUUGUUAAUUAAAAGGAUCUGUAAAAAAAGGUA